CCGAGCGGGCCGAGUGCGGCCGAGCAAAGCCGGAGCCGGAGCGGGGCCGCAGGAGCCGGGCCGGGUCCGGACGGGCCGAGAUGCCCUAUAAACUGAAGAAGGAGAAGGAGCCCCCCAAGCUUGCCAAAGGCACAGCCAAGCCCAGCAGCUCAGGCAAGGAUGGUGGAGGUGACAACGCUGAGGAGGCACAGCCCCAGCCCCAGCCACAGCCUCAGCCUCAGCCCCAACCUCAACCUCAGUCUCAGCCACCAUCAUCCAACAAGCGUCCCAGCAACAGCACACCCCCCCCAACACAGCUCAGCAAAAUCAAGUACUCAGGGGGACCCCAGAUUGUCAAGAAGGAGCGACGGCAAAGCUCCUCCCGCUUCAACCUCAGCAAGAACCGGGAGCUGCAGAAGCUUCCUGCCCUGAAAGACUCACCAACCCAGGAGCGGGAGGAGCUGUUUAUACAGAAGCUACGCCAGUGCUGCGUCCUCUUUGACUUUGUGUCAGACCCACUCAGUGACCUCAAAUUUAAGGAGGUGAAGCGGGCAGGACUCAAUGAGAUGGUGGAGUACAUCACCCACAGCCGUGAUGUUGUCACUGAGGCCAUCUACCCUGAGGCUGUAACCAUGUUUUCAGUGAACCUCUUCCGGACACUGCCACCUUCAUCGAAUCCCACAGGGGCUGAAUUCGAUCCAGAGGAAGAUGAGCCUACCUUGGAAGCUGCCUGGCCUCAUCUUCAGCUUGUAUAUGAGUUUUUCUUACGUUUCCUUGAGUCUCCUGAUUUCCAGCCGAAUAUAGCCAAGAAGUAUAUUGACCAGAAGUUUGUCCUUGCUCUCCUGGACCUAUUUGACAGUGAGGAUCCUCGAGAGCGGGACUUUCUCAAGACCAUUUUGCAUCGUAUCUAUGGCAAGUUUUUGGGGCUCCGGGCUUAUAUCCGUAGGCAGAUCAACCACAUCUUCUAUAGGUUCAUCUAUGAGACAGAGCAUCACAAUGGGAUUGCUGAACUCCUGGAGAUCUUGGGCAGUAUCAUCAAUGGCUUUGCCCUACCCCUUAAGGAAGAGCAUAAGAUGUUUCUCAUCCGUGUCCUGCUUCCGCUUCACAAAGUCAAGUCCCUGAGUGUAUACCACCCUCAGUUGGCUUACUGUGUGGUACAAUUCCUGGAGAAGGAGAGCAGUCUGACUGAGCCGGUGAUUGUGGGACUUCUUAAGUUUUGGCCCAAGACUCACAGCCCCAAGGAGGUGAUGUUCCUGAAUGAACUAGAGGAGAUUCUGGAUGUCAUUGAACCCUCAGAAUUUAGCAAAGUGAUGGAACCACUCUUCCGUCAGCUUGCCAAGUGUGUCUCCAGCCCCCAUUUCCAGGUGGCAGAGCGUGCUCUCUAUUACUGGAAUAAUGAAUACAUCAUGAGCCUGAUAAGUGACAAUGCUGCCAGAGUCCUCCCCAUCAUGUUCCCUGCACUCUACAGGAACUCCAAGAGCCACUGGAACAAGACAAUCCAUGGACUGAUCUACAAUGCCCUGAAGCUGUUUAUGGAAAUGAAUCAGAAGCUCUUUGAUGAUUGCACACAACAGUACAAGGCAGAGAAACAGAAGGGCCGGUUCCGAAUGAAGGAAAGAGAAGAGAUGUGGCAAAAGAUUGAGGAGCUGGCCCGGCUUAAUCCUCAGUAUCCCAUGUUCCGUGCUCCUCCACCUUUGCCUCCUGUGUACUCCAUGGAGACAGAAACCCCUACAGCAGAGGACAUCCAGCUUCUGAAGAGGACGGUGGAGACAGAGGCUGUGCAGAUGCUGAAGGACAUCAAGAAGGAAAAAGUGCUGCUUCGGAGGAAGUCAGAGUUGCCCCAGGAUGUCUACACCAUCAAGGCACUGGAGGCCCAUAAGCGGGCAGAAGAGUUCCUAACUGCCAGCCAAGAGGCUCUCUGACCCCCUCACCUUCCCACAGGGUCACAGCCCACUCAGCCCUGGGACGCUGCCCCAGCCCUCCACCCUCUGUUCCCUACUGGCUGACUUGGGGAAAGGCAGCACCUCUCUAGCUAGCGACUCUAGAGGAUGGAGGCACUUGAAGCAGGGACACCCAGUGGUCUCUCUUCUCCCCAAAGCGUGUUCAUGCCUCCCUGUGGCUAGUACAGACAGGCUGAGCAUCAAGAUGCUCAGUGCAAAGAGAACCUGGGGAUGCCUGUCCCCCUUCUGCUCCUAACCCACAGCUAUAUGAGGUUGCUGAGAAAUACACACAGGAAUACAUAUGCUCCUCUCCUCUCCCCUUCAUCCUCACCUGAAUUCUAGGUGUCUCUUCCUCUCCCCUGACUGCAGAGGCAUAUAGGAAGGAGCAGGAGGUUAUUCUCACCAAAGUUAUGUCAAGCUCCACUGGCCCCUGGAGUGAGUAGCUGGAGGGGAGUCAAACUCCAGCAGCACAAAUAAGCCCCCAGCCCUAGCAGUGUGCAGGCCGACAGGGUUUUAUUAUUUCCUUUUAUUCCCUGCCUGUUCAAGAGAACAUGGAGAUCCUAAAGGAGAAAAGUACUGGCUGUGGACAACAGAUGAUGAAUAUAGAGCCCAGAUGGACCAAGCAGGGGAGGGUGUAAAUAAUCACCCCUACCCUACACCCCCUCUCUGGUGAGCAGCAGCCCUGGGAUCACAAACAUGGAAGGGACCACCCUGUGGCUGACUGCUUUCCUGUGCUGUUGAUUCCCAAAGUUGAAAGAAGAAAGCAGGGAGCAGUGCCCCAAGCAUAGCUCCCCCCAAUACCUAUUUAUUUCCUUGUUUGUGCUGAUGCUGGGCAGGCCCUAACUGGUCCCUUUUGGAGAGGAAAGGGGCUGGGAGGGCUGGACCCAGGUUCCAGGAAUACAGGCAGUGUGGCUUUUGGCUGUGUACAUAGGGUGCUUUAUUCUCCACAGAAUGAUACAUGUUAAGGUGGGUUGGGCUUGGGCCAAUGUCCCCAUAUGUACAGAACUGAAUAAAGUGGGUCUCUGAGCAGAA